AUGGCUGAGAAUGAUCAGCUCUUCAAGACCAUCAUCGACAUAACGACAAAAGGCGCCGGCAACUUUGUCGAAGUCUACUAUAAGACAUACGAUACCAAUCGCCCGAGUCUCUCAAAGUUCUACAGGCCGUCGUCACGCAUCAUCUGGAAUGGCAAUCCCAUGGUCGGCUCUGCAAAGAUGGCUGAGUUUGUCAAUAAACUUCCAUCCACCGAACACGACGUGCAAGGCUUUGACUGCCAUCCCCUCGUCUCCAGCAAUGCAAACGCAGGUGAAGCACCGGAUAUCAUGCUGAUUGUCAGCGGUAGCGUCAAAUUUGGCGGCGAGCCACAGGUACGUGGUUUUAGCCAGAGCUUCAACCUGAAGCAGGAUCCAGAGAAGCCAGGGACCUACUACGUGGACUCUGAUUGCUUUCGGCAAGUCACAUUGACUUGA